AUGCGCCUGAAGGACUCAAAGCUUGGCACUGCGCUCAUUGCUCGUAGCGCCUCUGCGGAGGAGGUACUCGUCUUUGUCGCACAAAACCUCAAGCGCUUUGACGCUAUUCACUGCACCGCAUCUCUCCAUGCCCUUGCGAAGCACUCGUUGAAAGACGACCGGCUGGCCAGUCGAACCCUCGGUGCUCUGCUGGCCAAGCAAGGUGAGUAUGCCAGGCAAAAGUCUCUGGAUGGUCGUCAACUCUCGAAUACUCUUUGGGCCAUUGCACGUUUGCGACAACCAGCAAUCGAGGCUAUGCCUGAGGGUCUUGCAACUCAGGUGGCCGCUCAGCUUUCCUCGCAGGAGCAGCGGCUGAAUCAUCAAGACGUGAGCAAUGGACUCUGGGCCAUAGCUGCUUUGGACCUACCAGAACAGGCAGAUCACAUGUCUGAACUGGCUUAUUCUCGAGCUUUGUCCAGACCAAAUGGCUUUAAAGCCCAAGAAUUGGCCAAUGCCAUUUGGGCCUUUGCUACCUGUGGAUCGGGCACAGCAAGCCGAAUGGCCCGGAACCUGACGGUCUAUUGUGUGCUGGAACGCUUGGCGGAGUUGCAGAGCAUCCAGCUUGCAGCGGUGAUUUGGUCGGUGGCUGCAGCGGACCUGGAUGGGCAAAGUCUGAGGUCUUCACCACGCCUCAUGGAGCCCCUGGCUACAGCCGUCUUGGACCGUGUUCAAGAGUUUGGCCCCCAGGAGGUGUCAAAUGUCUCUUGGGCUUUGGCAGUUGAGACGAUUCAGAAUCGACGACUGAGAGAAGAGCUCGCAAUGGGUGUGAAUCGCUGCAUGCAUGAGUUCAAGCGCAAGGAAUUGGUGAACAGCCUUUGGGCCUUUGCUGUCUUUGGCAGCAUGGAAGCGGUUGAUUAG